AAGCAACUGUGAAAUUUGGCUCUAGCAAAUAUAGAAGCAGCCCGCGCCGUGUGUGUGUGUGUGGUCCUCGCGCAGAUGAUCGGUGCGAGGCGAGCGCUGCUUUUGCUUGUCCAAAUCGCCACAUUUUGCCUCCUCGCCCAAGCUGCCUCUACAGAAGGGAAGGGCUUCUUUGAUGUGGACUGGUCCGAUCCCACAGCAGCUGCUUUAGAAGUUAUAUGGCGGGGGGUGAAAAUCAUGCUGGCGCUGUCCCCGCUGAUUGCCAUAGUUAUGCUGUUUUGCUGCACCAAGGACGAUCCAGAAGAAGAGGAGCUUAGACGGAAAAAGAAGUUUGACUUCAGCCUGGAUUCUGGGGAGUGAGAGGUGCAUAGGCUGCACAAAGCUUGACUUGCCAAGCAGAGCCAAGCAGAUGUAAUUAUGCUGUGCCAUGAGAGCUGCAAUCAGCUUAUCUCAGAGCUUUCGCUGAAGUGCAAGUGCUACUGGGUUGCCGCAGAUACUAGAUACUGGAGAGUGCUGCGGUACUGUCAGAAAACUGCACCAGGGACAAUUAAGCCUCCGUCCAGAACGGGCUGUAAAUCCUCUCAGGAGUUUUGUUCAGAGAUCAACAGUGAUUUGCAGCGGAAGACAAGAAAAAAGGUGGUUGCGGCCAUAUGCCUUUGCCUAUCUUGCCUAGUUGUUUGAUCUUGAAGUGCAGUGUCUCUUCUCAAGUCUGUAGAUGCCCUCAGCAAGGCUGCUGGCCAAAGCGUUAAUGAUGAGACACAGGGGCUUAAUGCGCCCAAAACUGGAGAGGUGUAUGUCUGCAGUCUGCAUUGGAGGGUGCAUUGGCGUUUCGAGGAGCUUUAUCACAUGGACGGCCAAGUCCCACCUCUCCCACCUAUCCCACCCCCACUUGCGACCGCUGAGCUGGAAAUCGACAAAGUUCGGAUCUCCGGUUUUCUCACUUACUCGUCCUCGCGCACGGUCUGUUUCCGUCAGCUCAAUAGCACAACUGACACAACAGGCGGUUGAUGUCUCAAGCGGCUUCGUGGCCUUCGCAGCCAAAGCUUAUGGUAUUUUGCUUCUUGCAGUGUUUCUGCUGCAGAGAAAGUUGAUCUACCUACCCAGUGGACAGGUUGCCGAUCCGCGGGUAUACGGUGGUGAGGUGAUUCAAAUAGCUGGAGACUCCGGAACGACCUCAGCCGCUAUGUUCUUUCGGCCGCAGGGCUCAAAGCCCACCAUAGUGUUCUUCCACGGCAAUGCUGACCAGUUGGGCUGGGGUCCUGCAGACCUUGGGAGUCAAUUUUCACAGGCAGGGUAUGGCUUCUAUGGAUACUCGGCGCAAGAAUUGAAUAUCCGGGCUGCGGGCUUGGCCCGCCCUGGUUCUCCAACUGAAGAAUCUAUCUACACUUCAGCUGAAGCAAUGUUAAAUCACUUGGAAGAGAAGCUUAGUGUGGACAAAGCAUCAGUGGUGCUUGUUGGGCAAUCAAUUGGCUGUGGAGCCGCAGUCGAGAUGGCGAAACGCGGGUUUGGCCGGAAGCUGGUUUUGCUGAGUCCAUUUACGAGCUUGCCGAGAUUGUCGCAGAGGAUUUAUCCAAUCUUUGCUCCUGCCCUAAAGCUAUGCCCUUUCUUGCUCCUUGAUAAGUUUGACAACCUGGCCAAAGCAAAGGAUGUGAAGAUCCAAACCUUGGUCAUCCAUGGUGACGAAGACGAGAUUAUUCCCUUUGACAUGGGGCAAGAAUUAUCAGACGCGAUUCCAGGAAGUAUGCUCAUCGCUGCGAAAGGCUUUGGGCACAACGACCUGUUCAACUACCCUACACUCUUGAAACACAUCGCAAUGUUUGCAAGCAAGGGUGCGAGCUAAAAAGAGAGUUUGUGAGCCUUGUGUGAUGGAAUCUUAUUUUGACAGUGCUCACUCAGUAGGAUACCUGCUUGGCAAUGAGCUGUGUCCCUGUAGGGAAGAGGGCGGUGAUGCAAGUCGCUUGCCAGGUGAAACCCGA